GCGCGUUCUCUUCACGCUAGCUCGGCGGCCCCAGGGGCCGGCCACCCCGCUGUCCCCGGGCCGCGGACGCCCUGGAGGCCUCGCGCGGGGCCGCGCUGCUCUCCCCGCCCCCUCUCGGCCCCGUCGCCCCGCCCCUGCGAGGCUGGGCGGCGGAGUUUGGGGCCGAGCGGAGCGGGUUACCCUUUGACAUGGAACAGGAUGAGUUCUUUGGGGAAAGAGCAUUCCAGCUUUGCUGUGCAGAGUUCAUCAAACAUUCACAACAGAUAGGCGACGGAUGGGAAUGGAGAACUUCGCAGGACUGUUCUGAUGGCUACAUGUGCAAAACGCAUUUGCAAAUUAAAAAUGGGACUAUGGCAGCACACCCAAGACCAUCUGCCCACAAACAGACGUGUCUUCCUGUGGAGGAGGCUGCAGAGCUGCCGUCAGACGAUGCCGAGGCCCCUGAGGUGGCAGCAGCGUGGCAGGUGAUACGGUACGAGUACCACGUCCUGUACUCCUGCAGCUUCCAGGUGCCCGUGCUGUACUUCCGGGCGAGCUUUUUAGACGGGAGACCUCUGACCCUGGAGGACAUCUGGGAAGGAGUGCACCAGUGCUACCGGGAACGGCUGCUGCAGGCGCCGUGGGACGCCAUCACUCAGCAGGAACAUCCGAUACUUGGACAACCCUUUUUUGUACUUCAUCCUUGCAAGACGAAUGAAUUCAUGACGCCUGUGUUAAAGAAUCCUCAGAAAAUCAAUAGGAACAUCAACUACGUCACCACGUGGCUGAGCGUCGUGGGUCCGGUGGUGGGGCUGACCCUCCCUCUGAGUUACGCCAAGGCUGCCUCUCAGGACGCGUGAGGGUGGGUCGGCAGAAUCUUCUACUGAGCUUAGAAAUCGCACCUGUGGAAUGCCCAGCGUUGGCCCGCUCAGCUGGAGUAGUGCUGUGCGGUGUUCCCACCUCCC